AAAACUCUUUGAUCCAAUCAUCCUGCAGAAUCUAAUCCAAUUAAAAGUUAAGAGAGAGAAAAAAAUGAAUAUUUUUCACAAAUCUAGCUAGGCAAAAUCUCAACUUCUUUGUACCUCCUACGUUCUCCCCCCACCACUGCUUCAGCAUCGUAAGUAAAGACACCCCAUUAAAGUCCAUCUACUGCUAAGAGCUUUUUCCUUCACUGUUUCCUUACCUAAAUAGUACUGAAAGACCCCACUUUUAUUUUCCCUUUCCUUUUUCUGUCAUGCACUCAAGCUUGUUCCUUUUUCAAUGAGUUGGGAUUAUCUUAGCUCUUCUUCUUCUUCUCGGGGGGUGAAUGGGGUGUGUGUUGUCUCAGUUGGCUGCAAAGUUUGCUUUUUUCCCACCAUCUCCACCUACUUAUCAGGUUAAGAAGUGUGACAAUGGGAAACUCACGGUGCUUUCUUCUUCUUCGACCCCUGCUCCCGUCGCCGAUGAUCCUUCUUUGGAUGUGCUUUUAAUCGACAACAGACGUGGGAACAAGAUUGUUGGUUUUUACUUGAGAAACCCAUAUGCACGCCUCACUGUGCUGUAUUCUCAUGGCAAUGCUGCUGACCUUGGCCAACUCUAUGACCUCUUUGUACAGCUCAAGGUCAACCUCAGAGUCAAUCUCAUGGGGUAUGACUAUUCUGGCUAUGGAGCAUCUACUGGGAAGCCAAGUGAAUCGAACACUUAUGCUGAUAUAGAGGCGGUGUAUCAGUGUCUUCAGACCGAGUACGGAGUUAGUCAGGAAGACUUGAUUUUAUAUGGACAGUCAGUUGGAAGUGGACCGACGUUGCAUUUGGCAGCUAAGCUACCGAGGCUAAGAGGUGUAGUUUUGCAUAGCGGCAUUCUUUCUGGCCUUCGUGUGCUCUGCCAUGUCAAGUUCUCAUUCUGCUACGACAUUUAUCAGAACAUCAAUAAGAUUCGGAAGGUGAAGUGUCCUGUACUUGUAAUACAUGGCACGGACGAUGAUGUUGUCAAUUGGCUGCAUGGAAAUGGACUUUGGAAAAUGGCAAGGGAACCAUACGAGCCUUUGUGGAUCAAAGGAGGUGGUCACUGCAACUUGGAGCUAUACCCUGAUUACAUUCGCCAUCUUUGCAAGUUCGUUUCUGAAAUGGAGAACACGACAACAGCAAUUCGCCUUAAAAGGAUUCGGCAGAGUCUCGGUUUACCGGCAAGGUCAAAUGGCAACUCGGUUACCAGUGAGAAGUGCUGUAAGAUUAAAUUAUGCCAACCUAAAUGCCCCGAAUUUCCAAAACCAAGAUGCAGAUGCCAACCUAAAUGCCCCGAAUGUCUGAAACCAAGAUGCAGAUGCUGCAGGUGGCCGAAGUCGUUUUGUUGUUGGAAACCGGAAUGGCCAAAAUGCCGGUUGGGUUGUUCCUGCUGCAGCUUCAAAUGUUCAGAGUGGAGAUGUUGUGUGGGUAUACAUAAAGUGUUAAAUGGUAAACAAGAGGGCUAAUGGUGAUACUGUGCUCUGUAUAGAUUUGGUGAAUUUGUUAACAGCACCCCCACUAAGCAAGAGCAAUAUGAGAUCUAGGGCAGUAAUUGAUCGAAUGUUUUCAUCAUAUUGGGGAUUUUAAGAUUGUGAUUUUAGU